UCACAAAAGAAAUGAUUUUAUUCUCUGUCUUAAUGUUGAAUUCACACAGUUCUAUAUUAUGCAAGUUAUUGUACCAAGUCCCUGCACUAACGACUGGCUUUAGAUAGCACCCCUGGCUUUCCCAACACAGUGGUUGUUAUUGAUGUGUUUCAAUUUAAGGCCUUAUCAAUCAAUUUAUUCAUUUGAAAAAUAUUUUGUUUAUUAUUUUUGCUCAAUUAAAUUCAGUCAGUGAACUGCUUCAUCACAACUCACCAGACCAGAUGAUUGUGUACCAAUGAAAUUUCCAUCACAUACGUUUAAUCAGUGUUCUCCUGAGGUUACAAUUAGGUUCAAAUAUACCUAAUUGACAUUUGAUGUAUAGUCACAUUCUUUUUCAAGCAAGAUCUUUAUUAUUAUUUUCAUAUAACCUCCAACAAUAAAGUGGGACAUCACAACCAAUGUGAUGUAUAUACCUGGGGGAAAUAAAUUAUAACAAGUUUAUAAUAAAGAUAAUAAUAGAUUGUUAAUUCAUUUGAGAUAAGUGGUUCCAAUGUUGUGUUUUAACUUUUGGUGUUGGGGAAACCAUUUUGUUUGUAUUGUGUAUUAGGUCCACAGAGUGCACAAUCAAUAAUUCCAGUGAGAUAUAUAAAUAUCUAAACAUUGAUAGAAAUGUAAUGGAGUGGGGUCUUGUUUCACAGUGAGUGACCCUUUUGCACGCUCAAAAAAAUGAGAACUAUUGUGUUUAGGUGUUUAAUUCUAUGUUAGGCCUCAAGACUAGUUUGACUUGAGGAGAUGUGUCCUGUUUACAUGUUACACAUGGUCUGCUCUGCCCCUCCCCAGGCCUGGCUUUUCUCAGCCCGCUGCCAAAAUAUGUGAAAGUCAAUCCAAGCCGUGCCGUUCAGCGAGCAUGUUAUUUAAAACGGGACACCAAUAUGGAAGGAUCACCGAGCGACUCCGCUGUACUCCGCGAGGAUCCACCCUCUGAUCCGUGAAAACUGCGCUUCUCCGGCUGAUUCUUUGUUUUUCGUCCUGUCUGUCGAGCCUCAGAUGUCGCUCCCAGUGGUGCUGCCGGGCUCUUGCUGUCCGGUUACCGGGGCUUCGCAGCUCGCAGAGCCGUCCUACCGAAACCGACCCCGUGGCUUGUCCGCCUCUUCCCGUAUCGCCGGUGGUGGUUCUCGGUUGUUGCUGCCCGGUCGGCCGCUGCUCUCGCUGGGCUUGUUGCAGCUGCUGCUCGGCGGCUCCAUGGUGGCGCUGUCCUUCGGAGCUCUGUCCCUCAGCAACUCUCCCCCCAUCCGAAACUCCUGUCCCUUCUGGGCAGGCUCCUCGGUCAUUCUGUCGGGCAUUGUAGGCCUCACGACAUGGAGAAGGCCUAUGCUGCUACUGGUCAAUGUGUUUGUCCUGCUGUCUGUGGUGUGUGUGCUCCUUAAUCUGGCUGGAUUCAUCCUGUGCUGCCAGGGAGCCCAGCUAGUUUCCAGUAUGACCAGCUGCCAACUGAGUGAAGUGGGAGAUGUGUGUUACUGCUGCUCUCUCUCACCCAGCUCCAAAUGUCCAGAGGAGAAGCUGCUGGAGCUUCACCCUGCUCACUCCUGCAGCACCAUGAGGAUCCUGCUCAAGAAAGUCUUGUUUGCACUAUGUGCUCUGAACGCUCUGACCACCGCUGUAUGCCUCAUGGCAGCUGCUCUGAGAUACCUGCAGAUCUUCACCUCAAGAACCCCCUGCAUGGACGAGCCCAGAGCCACAGUGGAAGAAGGGGAGGAGCCUGCCCAGGUCCCGGACCCAGAUGAGUUUGUGGCCCCGGCCCCUCCUCCCUCCUAUUUCUCCACUUUCUACUCAUACACACCACGCCUGGCCCGCCGGAUGCUUGGGGAUAGUGUGAUCCCUCUUCCUCAUAUCUACGGGGCUCGGAUCAAAGGGGUGGAAGUCUUCUGUCCAUUAGACCCCCCACCUCCAUAUGAGGCUGUUGCUGGAAGCCCCAGCAAUACAGUCCCUCAGGGACACACUGGAUUAGGAUGCAUACAGUCACCUUUACACAUGGAGACAGAGGUUGCUCUGACAGAGCUCACUAUAAACCCUACUACCACUCCUGAGGCAGGAGCCUCUGUUGAAGACACAAGUCCACAAAUGGAAUCAGCUUCACCAGGCGUCGCGCCGCAGGCCAAGCCUCAGCUCCAGCCUACUCAGCAGCAGCAGCAUGCUCUAGCAAUGACACUUCAGAGGAAAGCAAGGAUCCACCGCUCCAACAGUGACCCAGUGUUGAUGGAUCUUGCCGCUAAAGUGCGGAGCAGCGAUGCUCCCAUCACUCCUUCUCUUCAGACCACAGAUUCUUCCACCCAGACCUCCCAGUCCACACUGGCUGCCAACUCCCAGGGACGGGUCACACUCCGACGUGGGCACAAUGACAGCAGAAAGCCCCGCCGGCCCCGGCCAUCCUCCAUGGUGGACUACCAGAGCUACCAACACACACAGCAACUGGUCAGGAAAAUCCUGGAGCAGCCGGCUGCUCAGGGCCUGGCCCCUGAGGUUCAGGAACUGGUGGACAGUAUACGACAUGUCCUGCAGUCUGAUCAAGAGCACAUGGAGGAGGCUGUACGCUGUGCCAGCUACAUAGAACAGGUGUUCACUGAAUCAGAGAUGGGUCCCAGUCAGCCACAGCUUCCCCAGCAGCAGCAGCCAGCAGGUGGCUCCUCCCAGACUUUCCCUCGACCCCCCAGGAGAAGGCCUGGUCUGCUGCACCUGCAGAGCUGUGGGGACCUCAGCUCCUUCACCUGCACUGCGCUCGAGUCUCUGGAACACAGAAGAAACAGUACAAAACUGGGGUCAAGAGCAAGUUCUAGAGCAGGGUCAAGGGCAGCAUCAAGGACAGGGUCCCGCCCAGAUCAUCCUGAACGCCCUCACAGUCUGAUCGGAGUCUUCAGAGAGACAGUGCUUUAAGGGGAAACUGAUAUUGAAAGUAUGUAGGGCAGCAGCAACGGCUGAUUAAGUUUGAAAAAAAAUGUAUGUGCAAAUGAGUGUGUGUGAGUGCAAUUUUUUUUUAAAUUUUUGCUAUGCUUAUGCUGUUUGUGACUGUAUUUGUAAAAUACAAAUAUAUGGACACCUUAUAUUGUCAUAUAGUACUAAACAUUUAUUGAUUUUAUGUCAACAUUGUACUAGGUGUGUAUGUGCUCCAGUCAAUUCAAUACAGCUACAUGAUCCUUUUACAUAUA